UCCAUUCCUCUGUUUUGUGCCACAUUCCUAUUUCAUCUCCACACCGCCAAACUUGACAAAUCCCAUUUCGCCACAGACAUUAUGUCACAACCAAACACCCGCGCACGACAGAAUGUGAGAGCAGGCACGCUGUGUGUGUCUGCGAAGAAACGGAAGUGAAUGGCGGGGUGGGGGGGAAACCCUCUGAUCUGACGACAGCAACAGCCGCUCAGAGUUCGACGACCAUCGGACUGCGCCAAGAGAGUUCGACCACCGCUCGGGCACGUGGCCACCGCCACCACUCGGGCACGUGACAACCGCUCGGGCACGUGACCACCACCACUCGGGCACGUGACCACCACCACCGCUCGGGCACGUGACCACCACUCAGGCACGAGCUUGAGCGUCAUGGAAGCGCAAGGACGAAUGAGUUCCAGCCACCGCUUGUUCCUUCAAAAAAUGAUGGCGCACGGGUGCCUGGACAUUGCCAGCUCUGUCAAAGUGCACAAUGAAUGCUGCCGCCUGUUUAAAGAACAUUAUGCACAUGACCAGCUGGAUGCAUUUAUUGGCGUUAUCAACAACCACAUCCAGCCCUUCUUCAUGGUUAUCCAAAAGGGAACCUCCGAGGAGGAUGGGAAAACGCACUACGCCUUGAUUAAUAUCGAACAAAAUGAAAUCACUCUCUUGGCUUCUGAUUACUCAGAGGUUGAGCUUGAACUCUUCAACAAAACAAUGGAGCUAAUAGUCGACAGCGGAGUGGGUAUGGCCUCCUCUAUGGACAUCCUGAACCUGGUUGACCAGCUGCAGUGCAAGAAGAUGAAGAAGGACAAUGCCGAGUUGCUGCUGCAGCGCCUGGUGCAAGACAAGUGGCUAUGCAUGGAAAAUGGAUAUUUAAGUUUAAGUCCACGCUGCCUCAUUGAAAUGGAUCCUUUCAUUCGUAGCCGCUUCGGCAAUGUUGAAAUCUGCUACCUUUGUCACAAAAUCGCUCUGAAGGGCCAAGUCUGUUCCAACUGUAGCGUGAAGGUCCACGCUCCGUGCUCUGCCAAGUUCUUCAAGAGGAAUCGGUCUCGCGUGUGCCCUCGCUGCAAGAGUCCCUGGAUCAACGAGCCCCGGGACAAUGCACGUCCUGUACAAUACGAUGAAGGCAAAGGUUCAACGUCUUCAGAUGCCAUGGAGCUAUAAUCCUGCACGAUGUACAGAGGGUGCAGCGAGUUGUGGUUACUGUGUACGUCCUUGUGCUUUACACUUUUUGGAUAUUUGAGACUUUUAAGUCAUUAUGUGGUUCUUAUUCCAGUGAGUAUUUUUCAUGCAAAAUAUGUUACAACAAAAACAUUUCAAAAUCAAUCCUGAAUUCAGUUCGCCAUAAGCAAAAAUGUAUCUAAACAAACGAUUCAUAAUUCGUUUAUUUCUCAGUCAGAUCAUGUAGGUAUAAUUUCAGAUUAAAUAUAACCCCCCACCACCCGACAGAGCACGUGGUUAAAUGUGCCAAGUGAAUUUGUUCUUCAGCAAACCGGAACAUUGAAAAGCAAACAAUAAUUUGACAAAUCGUAUACGCUGUUUCGCUGGAGAUUACAACCAGAAGCUCAGCUGUGGCUGUGGCGUGUUGUGAAUCUUAACAUUGGUCUUGAAAGCCUUUGUAUAAAAUUGUCAACUAAAUCAUGAAUCGACUGGACCGUAGUUUAACUUUUUGCUGAAUCGCUUAUUUUGAGUGUUGAAACUCCUUCACAAGCUCGUCUGAGGUGGUUUGCAGACAGCAGAAUAGCAAGUGGGUCUUAUAAACCUGCCUUGGUUGACUUGUAUCCAUUGUUUCCUUACAUGCAUAGGGAUUCUCAGAAUGCCAAUUUCUUAACACAUGAAAAAAAAAAAGGUCAACACAUUUCUGCCGAACAUUCCUAUGCAAGACCCUUGUGAAAAUAUUCUUGAGACGUUUCUUAAUAAAGGCUGUUUAAAAUAAACAUUAUUAAGAAUACAUCAAA